AUGAGAAAUACACUGCGAAUAACAACUGUAGUAGCUCUGUUUGUCACAGUGACAUUCCUAUUCACUCAUUUUGUAUACAAAUCAAACAACAGCAUCCCUCAAGAUGAUGCCCUUCCUGCUGCUGUUGUUGCUCCUCCGGCUACGCACUACAGGACAGCAAGCACAACCGACGAGAAGUUCAUGUCCUUUUUUCCCCAUGGCGAUUUUGCUACUCAGCAUGAAGCUGUUAGGAACGCUUUCCGUAUCGCGUUGGAGACAAACCGCACACUUAUUCUACCUCAAGUUCGACUAGGCACCAGUGAUAUACCCUGGGCACCGUAUCCCAUCCUACAAAAGUACUAUGAAUCGCAAGACAAGGAAUCCCUGAAAGCAUCCUGUUUAUCCAACACACCCAACUGGCGCACAGAAUAUCAGCCCUGCAGAGAUUUGAAUCAGUGGAUUGAACUGCCUUGGUCCACCUUUUUCGAUUUAGACGCACUCAAAACUCAAUUUGGUAUUCGUGUUUAUGAACGUACAUGGGGACAUGGUUGGGGCGUUCAAGAGUCCAUGUUGGCCCAUGUACAGCUCUCAUCACAAGACGUGGUGGUUGUAGAUCCAAACAGUUUUCCAAGCAACGGUUCAGAUUGGGAUGUGCAGGAUAAACAAAAGGUGGUAGAUGGCCACAGGUGGUUUAGUGGCAUCUUUGGCGGAAAAGGGAAAGUGCUAGACGAAGUGGAGGCCAGCAAAAAGCUAGUGUCUCCUCUUAAAAUGCUGGUCACUGCAGAUCAACUGUUGCAGCUGAAUGAACGCUACAUUCAGUUUGGAUCCUUGGUAUUUGGGCUUCGGUUUCAGACCAGUACGAGCAAGAAACAGAGUGCGCUGCAAAAGGGGCUGAGGAGUACCGUAUUCACAUCACCAAACAAAUUCCAUGAAACCAAUUUAGCUGCUCAGAAAACUACUGCCAAAAUGGGAGGCGCCAAUAUCUACAAUGUGAUCCACAUGAAUCUAGAAGCUGUUACCAAAACGGAAUUGGCCAAUCAACGAUCCAUGAUGAUGGAGAAUGCUGAAAUUGAUGGCACCACCUAUGUCGAGCACUUCAAAGAGAGCCAUGCAGAUGGAACACCUUAUUCAUCUUUGGAAUUGUUACAACAACUGGACCACUCAACGCAGACAGAGCUGAUGGUGUCGCUUGUGCGUGAAUUGACAGGCGAUAUGCCCAUCCAUCAGGCCCUGUCAGCUGCCAUGCCGUUCCAAGAGUCAGCGCUGAAAGACUUGUUGUCGCAGAGUGCCGCCCCCGAAAGAAGCUCGUUAUUGUCGGCUUGCAUCCAAUACAGAAAGGACAUUGAUACUCGCUAUCCGAUUUACUACAUGACAAACGACGUUUAUCCCGACUUGCAUACACACCCAGAGCUGUUUGGUCCAUUGUUGGAGGCAUUUCCAUGUACAUUUACACCAAACGACAUGUACAAUUGGGGAGUGAUCAAGAGAGAUUGGGCAAGUAAGAUAUCUGGUUUGAAUGAUCCAUAUAUGGAUUACGAGGGCGUGUUGAGUCCUGUAAUGGAGAUAUUGAUAGCACGCAAAGGCUACUCGUUCUUUGAAGUACCCACCACCAAGCUCACUCGAUUGCUUUCAUGGCAUUAA